AUUGAAAAAAGAAUAAUUGGUGAGUUUGGUGCCAGUGAAACACGUCACUGGCCAUCCAAGUGACCCAACCCAAACUUCGUGCGUCAGGCAGUGCUGGUCCUCUAGCGUCAAGUCAGCUCUCGUACAAUACGUUUGCAAAGUACCACUGUAACUACUGUGAGGAGGAUGUCAACGGACUGAGGGUACGCUGUCUGGAGUGCGAAGACUUCGAUCUUUGUUUACAGUGUUUUUCGUGUGGUGCUGAGAUUGGCAAGCACAGAAGAAAUCACUGUUAUCAAUUUAUGGCCGGUGUUUUCCAGGAUACAGGAAACUUUAGCAUUUUCCCUGGUCAAGGCCAUUGGACGGCACGAGAAGAAGUCAGAUUAUUGGACGCCAUUGAACAGUAUGGAUAUGGGAAUUGGGAAGAUAUUGCACGACAUAUUGAGACUCGAACACCUGAAGAUGCUAGAAACAAAUAUAUCAGCAGUUACAUAGAUGGCAGCAUUGGGCGAGCUUCAUGGAAACCAGCGUUGGAGCGGUUGCAGCUGCCAAUAGAACACACAAAUACUGAUACAGGACCAUUGUCACCUACUCUGGGGUCAUCCCUACCCACACAACCUCUAUCCACAGAAGAAAAUACUAUCCUUGGAUACAUGCCUCACAGAGAUGACUUUGAAAGGGAGUGGGACAAUGAUGCAGAAGCAACUAUAGCGCCAUUAUUUAUUCAUCCUGUUGAAGAUGAGGAUAUUGAUAUGGCUCUCAAACUUGCCCAGGUGGAUAUGUAUAUGCGCCGACUUCGUGAACGUUCUCGGAGAAAACGCGUUGUAAGAGAUUUCCAAAUAGUUCCACAGUUCUUUAAAAAGGAGAAAGAAAAAGCACAAGUUCCGCCUAAAAAGAAGAGUAAAGAUGACAGAGAGGCCGUAUCAGAAAAAUUAAGAACCGUCAGUCAGUUUCAAACCGCCAGUGAACACAACAAUCUAUUAUCGUCAAUGGUACGGGAAAGAGAACUCAGAACAAGAAUCAGAGAGUUAUUAAGGUAUCGGCGAAAUGGAAUUAGACACGUGGAAGAAUGUCACGAAUUUGAAGUAGCUAGAUCACGAAGGGAUAAAAAGAAAGAAAAUAAAAAGAAAUCAGCCAGCCUGCCUCAGACUCCAACGACUCAAAUGGACCUGUCCGUAAAGUCAAAAGAAAACGACGCAAGAAGUCCGAAAUGUUUAGCAGAAAAAAAAUUCACGCCUCUAGAUACUGGCGUUGGAAGAUGGCUCAGCGGGAACUUGAGCGGCAGCGGCUUGAGCGGGAACAGCGACAGCAUCACGAACUGGGGGGGCGGGAGCAACACGCAACAGACACAGCAGGGGGGGGCAGCCGGGGGGAAUGAUGACCCAGUACCCAUCUCUUCGUUGCCAGGAUACCAUCUUCUGUCUCAGAGAGAAAGGAAGCUGUGUGCCUCCUCGAAUAUCAAGCCAUCCCAGUACAUUGCUUACAAGGCAGUUUUACUAAAGGAUGAAGGCGAUAAGCAGCAAGCAGGUGUGGGCCCAGCCACUCGAAGGGGUGUAUGUUGUCCACAAGGCCUUGAUUCUCACUCACAGCGCAUGAUCACCACUUUCAUGACCCAGGCGGGUUGGAUCUCUUCGUUUACAUGACCAUCAGUGAAUUUUGGGACCUAGGUAUAUAGAACUCCUCACUUCCAUUAAUUGGUGUCAAUGUAGAGACAUUGCCAACCACCUAAGGUAUUUGCUCAGAGCUAGUAAUGUGCUCUGGUGAGGAGAUUCCCCUGUCCCAUAUAUAGUACAUUUUCAUAGCUCAGUGUUCCAGAGCUGUAUGAAGGAAUAAUAUUGUCAGCAUAUAAAAGUCAUCCCUGAAGUCUGUUGGUUACAGUGUUGGAUUAGGGCUCAAGUUCUCUUAUUACAGACAUUUUAUGAAUGGACGUGAUACUGAUGUGUAAAUAUCUUAAAGUAUCUACUGUUAUUUUUCCUAUGCACAUUGUAUGAUGGUCUAUUAUGUGGUAAAAUUUUGUAUUUUAUCUUGCAAAUGAUAACUGAUUUUGCUUGAUAAUAUAGACAAUGCACUUGGAGCUUUGAUAUGAGAUAUUGCUGUAAAAUCUUGCUAAAGCCUUUGACAAUGGCAAGAGUAGCCUUUAAUCCUUAUGAUAGUCAUAAAAAUUGGUAAAACUUAGUUGCAAUAUUUGCACAUUGCUUGUACUGGUGAUGGUUGUAUAUUAGUGUUGCAAGUAUUCUGUACACUACUACAGGGACUCAUUCUCUCAUUGGACAUGCAUACCCCUCCAGUACCAAAUAAAUGUAAAAAUCAUAAAAGCUGUUCAUUAAGUAAACAGAAUGUUAUUGUAAAUAACUUGACAAACUUCCUCUUUCAACAUAUUGUAUAAAAGACAAAUUUUAAUUUCUUAUAGAUACAGUUGGCCCUGUGCAGCCAUAUGUUAAACUGUUCUCUAGUCAUGAAGAUACAGACGCAAACUUAUGCCAUGCGUUGAUUACGUGAGGCAGAGAUAGGCUUCCUUACUAUGGUUUAUAAGAACUUUAUUAUUUUAUUACUGGAGGCAAAGCUUAUCAAAGAAAUUUUGUUAACCAUUGAAAUGCUCAGCUUUCAGUGGUGACAGUGUUUUGUAAAGAUUAUGAAUAUUAGUCACUUAAAACUAUUCUUGGAAAAUUUACAUGGAGUAUUGUUUAGUUUAGACAUAAGGAUAUUAAUUUUAUACAAAACUGUACCUGGAUAUUUAUCAUUUUUUAAAAGACUUGUAGUAUAA